UUUGGCAACUGAAAAAUUUAGAAAGGAAAACAAAAGAACUAAACAGUUUGUUUUUUUUAAUUUUGAUUAGUAAUGCUCCAGAUUUAAUCCAUAUAUUUCCGGGAAACAUUAUUAUAAUGAGUCGUACCUGUUAAAAUAAAUGUAUUGAUAAUAUUUUCGUGAAACUAAAAAUGUCUAAUUUUAUUCGCUGUUUUUCUGGACCUAGACUUUUCCGCUUGUAUAAAACUGAAAACAGACAAGGUAGAGAUUACACUGGAAAUGCAAUUGAACAUUAUAGCAAUGGAUUUGUUCAGACAGCUUUUUUUACGUUUAAUCUUAUAUAUAAUCUGACCUUCUACGCAUUUCCAGCUGUAGGUGGUAUCAUGUAUAGACGAGGAUAUUUCACUCAAGAAGGCAUUAUGGCAAUGUGUAGAUCUAUUGGCAUAUCUGGUGUUCUAGUGUUUUUUGCUAUGUUUCUCAGAGGUAUUGGAAGAUUUAUUAAUGGGGAUUAUACAGAAUUUAUUUCUAAACUGGAUACUUACAAGCAAAAUCCUUCCAGAAAUCUAAAACUUGAAGUUUCUAAAUACGACUUUGAUUUUCGAGAAUGGCCUGUUGAUUUCCGUUGGAAUGAGAGUACUGUGGCUCAAAACAAACCAAAACUGUAUAUUGAAGGGCGUUCAGGAAGAAAUACUAUUUUAGAUAAAUGUAAAAGCAUGCCUUGCGAUAUUUUAAGCUUUCUUGCGAUCCACACCUUUGGGCGCAUGAUGAUAUAUCCUGGUUCUGUUGGAAUUAUGAAUGUUAUUCUUUGGAAUAUUCUUACUAAAGGAAGAUCUAAAUUAAUGGAAGAGCAUAGGGCGGAACGGUUUAAACUAUUGACGGAGGAUGGCAAUGAAAUUGAUUCCGUGUUUGUUGACAGGAGGCAUGAUCGAAAUCAUCCCAAUGGAAGUAUCCUUGUUAUCUGUUGUGAAGGUAAUUCUGGAUUUUAUGAAUUUGGAAUAACAGGAACUCCUAUUGAUGCCAGUUAUUCAGUGUUAGGCUGGAAUCAUCCUGGUUUCGGACAUAGUACUGGUACACCAUUUCCUAGUCAAGAACUUAAAGCAAUGGACGUUGUAAUGCAUUUUGCUAUAUCAAAAUUAGGAUUUAAGCAAGAGAAUAUAGUCCUAUAUGCUUGGUCAAUUGGGGGUUUUAGUGCAACAUGGGCAGCUAUGAAUUACCCUGAUAUAAGAGGAUUAGUUUUAGAUGCUACAUUUGAUGACCUCGUAGCUUUAGCAAUAGCACGAAUGCCAUCUAGUUGGAAACCUUUAGUUGUCAGAACUAUUCGUGAUUAUAUGGACCUAAAUAAUGGUGCCCAGUUGGAAAAGUAUGAUGGACCUGUGUUAUUAAUAAGGCGAUCUAAAGAUGAAAUUAUAUCUACAAGAGCCUCUAGAUCUUUGCAAACAAAUCGUGGCAAUGAACUUCUUAUAAAACUUUUACAGAACAGGUAUCCUAAAUUAUUUACUAACGAAUCUUUACGGGCUCUUAGAGAGUGGGUAUCUGGAGAUAAAGCUCACCAGACUCUUGUUUCAAGUCGGUAUGGAGUAGAAGAUGCACUUUGUGAAAUUACUCUAUCAUCGUAUAUUGAAGAAAAAGGUUUGGAAUGUCCUUCACAUAUAGGUGAUGAUAUGUCAACAGAGACCAAAACACAGCUUCUUCUUUACCUUGCUGGGAAACAUAUGAUUGAUUUUGACUCAACACACUGCAUUCCUCUGCCUGCAUCAGUUUUUCAAUUACCUUGGCGAAUUGUAUUUGAAAGGGAUAAUACAGGCGAGGUUGUGCCAAAGUCACAUAUUUAACUAGCUAGUGGAUAGAAGCUCUAAAUGGUAUUAUUAAGAAAUGUGUUUAUGAACUUUUGUUAACCAAUUUUCAAAAUUAAAUGACAUUCCAUUCCCAUUGAGUUUCAAACAAUAUUUAUAGUUCCUCAUCUCACUCCUGUCAAAAUGAGUGUUUCAACACUCUUUUUAUAUUGGUUGUGAUAAUUCUUAAACCUUGAAUGAAGUAAACUUUUCUGCUACAUAUAACUUUCACUAUCGCAAAGAUCUGUUUGUAAAUGUGUGUCAUUAUGUAUGUAUCUAAGUUUGUAUUUAUUUUUGAACUAAUUUUUAUGUUGUACCAUCCAUGUUUGCUUUGUAAUAGGUUGUAAUGAAAUUAUAUUAUCUUUA